UAGAUAAAUAGAUAGACGAAUAGACAAGUAGAUAUUUACAAACUAACGAAUAAAUAUAUUCGUUACUUAUAUACAUAGAGCGCAAAGGCACACACACACACACGCACACGCACACGCACGCGCUCGUGCGCUGCUUAAGAGACAGAGUGAGGUGGAAUGAGGAGACGUAAAAGGUGUAUAUAUAGAAGAGUCCACAAAACCAAAACAGACACGAGUCGAAAUUCGAAAGAAUUUCUGGAGACGCGCUCGAGUCGUUUAGAAAACCAUCAUAACAGUUAUUUAACCGACAAAUGUUAGGAUGUUAGGGAAGAAAGUUCAUCAGCUGCUGCUAAUAAUGGCCCUGUUUGGGUUAUUUGCCAAGUCCCUUCAAGACUGCCCUAAAAUAUACGGUGGAAUAAAGGGUCAUAGUGCUUGCGUUGAAAAAUCUUCAGAAGUGCUCAACUCUGGAGUGAGCGAAAGUGAUAAAGAGAAAAUUCUUAAACUGCACAACUAUUAUCGAGAAAAUGUCGAUCCUCCUGCUUGUAAUAUGAUAAAACAGUACUGGGAUGAUGACUUGGCAUUUGUGGCACAGAAAUGGGCCGAUAAUUGUGACUUUAAUCACGACAAGGGAAAACAAAGGAGAAUACCAGGAAAAUUUUCUGUUGGACAGAACUUGGCACAGGGACACACCGAUUGGGAAGCUGCAAUUAAAGGGUGGCACAGUGAAGUGAAAGAUUUCAAGUAUGGUGUAAACACCCAAAAUACGAAUGCUGUCGGACAUUACACUCAGGUAGUUUGGGCAACUACAACAAGAAUAGGCUGUGGCUAUGCCAAAUGUUCAAACAUUAGGACGUUUUACGUAUGCAAUUAUGGUCCAGCAGGUAAUUUCGCAGGUAAAAUUGGGGAACCAUAUCAAAAAUGUAGCAAGAAGGCUAAACUGAUUGAUUGUAAAUCGAAUGUCUGCUACAACGGAGGUGUACUAGACAGAAAGACUUGUGAGUGUGCAUGCCCGAAAAAAGAGAACAUAAAGGGGCCGAAAUGUUCAUUGAAUUGUUCACUAGCAAAAGAUACUGGUGCCACGUGUGAGUCUUCAGUUGCGAGUGAUUGUGACGCCUAUGCCAAUAUACCAGAUGAAUGUCCCUGGAAAUGUGGUAUCUGCCCAUAUGCUGAUUAUAGUGAACCUCGAAAGAUAAUUACAACUAUGGCCACAAAGGAAGAUGAUGCUGAUAUUCCACAACCUGGCAAGGACCCUGCAAGUUUGGCCCCAGAGCAAAAUGAAAUUUCAUCAGCUGAAUCGACUGUACAACCAGAAACUACAAGUAUAACAGAAGUUUCAACAGCUGAACCGACUGCAGAAGCAGAUACUACAAUGCUUAGUGAGACAUCUCUUCCAAGUACAACAGGUAAGUAACAUCGUUAAAAGCGCUUAUCCA